AUGGAACAGAGAGAGAGAGGUGGAGAGGGGGGCAGAGAAAGCAGAGAAGGGGUAUGGGGGAGGGAGAAAAGAAGGAGGGGAUUGUUGGGGAGUUUGGAAAAAUGUAUAAAAAGAGGGGGAGAGAGUAAAAGAACAGAAAGCGAGAGAACAUUUCAAAAGCGAUAAAGGCCUAUCGACUAUCAGGUGAACACAUAUUUUUUAAACAUUUUCAUCAAUCUAAAAUGAUUGUCUAUUCCUUAUUCUAUAUGAAUUGCUAAAGAGAACAUGUGUCUACAACUUCUUGAAGUCUAUUGACACACAUCUAACUCAUUAACUACUGGCAUACAGUUGUGUUGAGGCGGGUCGUCUCUCUCUCACUGUUAGUGUAGUUCUUCUAAACCUUACCUACGUUUUUUUGGUGUGUACUGUUUGCUGUUAGUAUUAGUAUGUUUAUUCAUCCAUACUUGUUUAUUUAGGGCAUCUGUCAGGUAGAUAUGCUGUUUUUGUAUAAAAUCUUGUGGAGAUUGCACUGGCAGCUCUGCUGUAACUGGAAGCAGCUGACAGGGAGGUGCUGUGUGUGUAAAGCCUGGCUCUGACCAAUUGUGCAAUAGAGUCUGCUAGUUAGAUUUACGCACCAGUGCUUCACAAUAUUCCCAAAAUGUUCAACAUGAUAGGGCAGCUGUAUAACUUUUGCAUGGCCAUAUCAAUCAUGAGAAACGAUCGAUAAGGAUCAGGAAUAACACUGAAUUUGAUGUUAAGAUUUCUGCCUUUUACCCAUUCAUGUAUGCCGGGAAUUAAUUGCGGGAUCCGUUUUUCUUGUGUGUCUAUGUCGGUUUAUAAAUAAAUGUAAUCUUUGGGUUUCAGAUGACUUUGUUGUUGUUCUUUUAAAUCCCAAAUGAGGGUGGUGCCUGCUACCACUUCCACACAGUACAGUCAACUGCACUGGUCUGAUUUCUAAAAAGGUUUGAAUGAAAUGAACUUGACGAUUAAGCUGUACAAUAUCCCAUGAAGGUGAAAUCAAGCCUUCUUCACAAACUGUUAAGAAUAACAACACAUUUGGAAUAUUUUGUAAAGGUCUGACAGACUUAGUGCUUGGUAUGUCUCCAACCAAAUUUAGCCUGUUUCAUAAGCAGAUCAUUUGUCAAACCCUCUGUAAUGGAAUGUUAUUUUCUAUCAUAUUCAGAUGCCAUGUCCACCCACUGGGAUCCUCCACCUCCCCUCAUAAUCCUCAUACUGGCCCUCCUCAAUGGCUCCUCCUCCUUCGCUGCACCCUCUGACGUGUCAGAGACCAACUACACAGACACCCUUCCUCUGAGGCCAAGCGGACGCAUGUACAAAAUGUUGGAGCUCUACUCAGAUGAUGACUACGACCCGAAUUGGGACACCAAUCCACCCCCGCCUUCUCCCUCACGGGGCACCAAUCUUCAGUCCUGUGACUAUGACCCCUGCCGGGAGCUACAGACCCCCUGUGCCCAGCUGGCAGCCUCCAGCGGCUGCCUGUGUCCAGGGGUGAGUGGGCCCCAAGUGGCCCCAGAGCCUCCCGACCUAAAGAGACUGUCUAUGGAAGGGUCAGAGAUGGUUAUUCAGUGGUGUGCACCAUCGUCUGUUGUGACCCAUUAUGAGGUGGUGGUGGGCGCCCUGGAGCCCCUGGUGUUUGGGGAAGACCAGAGGAGUGGUGUUGUGGGGGAGGUGGGGCAGGGGGUGGAGGUGUGUGUGGUGGCGGUGAAUGACGCAGGAUUCAGCGAGCGUCAGAGGCGGUCCUGUACGAUGUACGAGCCCCCUGGAGACAGCAGUCUGGCCCUCAAAGCAGGGCUGAUCGGAGGGGCCCUGGGGCUCCUGCUGCUCCUCUCACUGGCU